AUGCUGGCCAGCUCAGGUCGUGCCGUACCCACUGGUCAGCUGUCCUCCCAGCUUCCUGAGCCCUGGGGGGACAUGGUGGCGGCCUUCAUGAGGUGCCAGGUGGCGCAAAACAACGGGGAGCGAGCAGUGGCUUGCAGGGAAUACCGAGAGGGCUACGCGACCUCCCUUGCCUCCCUGCUCAACGCGGACAAGGGCACCGAGACGGAGUGGCUCAUACCCCUGGCCCUGGGGGCAGCUGCCUACCUCAAGGUGUUGUCAUCGCUGGCGGAUGAGGAGCUCGCCAGGAAGGGCGCGGCGGCCAACCAGCUAUCCGAAUGCGCCAUCUCGCUUCAAAACUUCUUCCGGGGGUUGGCCACCUCCAAGUCAAGUCAGGCGAAGAAGGACGCGUCGGUGGCGGUGGUUUGCGUUAUGAUGAAGGUCUACUUCAAACUGAAUGCCAUCAACAACUGUAAGCAACCACUCCAACAGAUUGAACUUAACCGACUUUUUGACAACGCCAAGCAGGCGCAUAAGGUCACGUUGAGGUACUACACGGGGCGAUUAGCGGCGUACGACGAGGACUUUCAAAAGGCGGACGAGCAUCUGACGUAUGCGUUCGAGCACUGCGCGUCCAGCUCCCCGCACAACGUUCGUCGCGUGCUGAGGUACCUCAUACCUGUCAAGAUGUUGCUGGGGGUGCUCCCCAGUGAAGCCCUUUUACGACAGUACGGCCUGUCCGAGUACGAACCCAUUCGGAGGGCGGUGAAGGAGGGCAGCCUGGGGUUGCUGCUGAGCUCCCUGGAGUCAAACCAGAUCCGUUUCAUUCAGAGCGGCACCUUCCUCCUCCUGGAGCGGUUACAGUUGGUGGUUGUGAGGCGGCUAUUCAGGAAGGUGGCGCUGGUGCAUGCGCAGAUGAACCCAGCCAAGGCGCACCAAGUACCCCUGGCUCUGCUGGAGGCCGCGCUGCAGCUGCAGGGCAUUGAGAAGGAUCCCCUGGAGCUUCAAUGCCUGAUAGCCAACCUCAUCUUCCGGAAGUACAUCAAGGGUUAUCUUGCCUACAAGAGCCGCGUGGUGGUGCUGGCUAAGACGGACGCCUUUCCCGUGCUAUCAGCGGUACAGCUUUCCGAUCCGCUGGCCACAUAA